GGAGAAGACAUGCCGUUCUCAGCAUCAGUCCACCGCGCUGGGCUUGAUUGAGAUCCUCGCCGAAUGUGGAAGACAAUAGCCUUCCGUGCCCCGUCCAAUCCUUGUCUCGUCGUGCUUCUCUACUUCUUCGCCCCUUUGGAACCGCUUCAAAAUUCACGGGACAGGUCUCUUACCGUCUUUUUACAUAUCGUUUGCGUGGCGCAGAUCUUCCGUGGCACGCCGUUGUCACGCAACAAUAGUUACCUCGUCCCGACGUCCCGACCGCCGCUCCUUCCUUUCCAGGCCAACAUCCCCGUACUCAACUCAACAUCUGUCCACGCCCUGAUCCUCCGCUCCCAAUUUGGACGCAACUGUUCCGCUCAGGGAUUGGCCCGCUGGUCGAGCGGUAUGAGUGCUGCACAUCGAAGCUGUACCCGUAGUGGGAACAUCACGCAUGGCAAUGUGCCGGACGAGAGUAGGGGAACGCCACAUAGACUCGGUCCGGGCCUGUGUCAACUGCAGAUCAAAGUUGACGCGACACUGGCAGCUCGGUGAUUGAACGCAGGAACGCGCCCCCGGGAGGGCUCGACACUGUCGAGUCCGGCGCAGGCCUUCUCGUGGCCCCGGGGGGUAAGUAACCUCUACGAGGUGAAACGAACAUGCGCUGAAAGGUCUCGUCCGCGAAACCAGCGGCGACGACCAAGGCCCACCAAAGCCUAAGCGAGCAAACAAGCCGCAUACCGAACACCCCGGUAGUAAUACAGUUAAACCAAACAUACAUACGGGAACUCCCCAGUCCAAACCAGGACAACAGAGCCAAUAAGCUCGAACCUCCAGACAGAGAGUAGACCUCGAGCUCAUCGAACACAAUAAUGAACACGUC